AUGUACUACACACGAUAUGAGCGUCGAUUGUCAGCCGCUCAGAAGAAGGAAAGACCUGAGCUGCGCGCAUCCGGUUGGUAUCGACUGAAUUUGGCCAAGACGUUUGAUUUGCCACCACUCAAAGACGGGAUAACAAGAGUAGAUGGCAGCACACUGUCAGUUGAAGAAUUCCGUGAAAAAUACGAGAUACCUCGUAAACCGUGCAUAAUCACUGGCCUCACAGACACAUGGACUGCUCAUGAGAAUUGGAAGAUUGAUAAACUUAUUGAACUUUAUGGUGACUCUUCGUUUAAAUGCGGUGAAACUCUCGAUGAGAAGCCAGUUUUCUUAAAAUUCAAAUAUUAUGGAGAGUACAUGAAGAAAACUAGAGACGAUAGCCCUCUAUAUAUAUUUGACGGAACCUUUGGAGAGGUUUGUGGCUUUUCCUUCCUAUAUUAA